UUCUCUCUUUGUCAACAAUGAAUGGUUGAUGUCCUUUGGUGCUACUCCUCUCUCCUCAGCAUCCAUGCGUCUUUAACCCAACGACGACUGUAAUUCCCACUCCCCAGAUCGUCCCCCUCCUGUUGUAACCUUUCACCACUCCUUCUCCGGACUCAAGAGCCAUCCGGGUUCCUAAUUCGAUUCUCAAUUUCUCUCCUGUUCGAAAGCGGUCUCUCCGUCCGUCAGUCCAAUGGUCUAACCACUGCGCAAACGAACGUUACGUGUGUCUGGUGGUAUUAUAGACCCGUGAGAUUAUCUCGACCAGCAUGGCGGCCAGCAUGGACUUGGGCCUCUUGCCCAUGAUCAAGUGCUCCAAUUGUGGCAUGAGUGUUGAGAUCUCUGCUAUGGGAGACCAUGUGUGUGCAAAAUCAGAUCCAGCUCCUCCUCCUCCGCCAGCACAAUCGCCGCCUCGUCCGCCUUCGAAAUCGAGCAUUGGAUCACCACCCAAAGCAGGCAAUGCGUGGGCUGCCAGGGCCGGGAGGAUGAAUCCUCCGCCGCGCAUUGACCCUUUAGUCGCCAAUCGGCCAUUCUUGCGUCCGCACAGUCCGAUAGACAACAAAGGCCUCCUCCCAUCUCCACUGUCCACUUCGAUUUCGGGCGGGCCGCGCUCGCCGUUGCGUCCGCCUCAGCGUAGCCAGACCUCACCUCUACCACAAGAGCCGCAAUCGCCAGACUCCAUCAAUAUGGAAACCGCUUUCGCCUCAUUUCCUCUCCCGCGAUCGAUGUCGGAUAGACGUCCUAAUGCAGAGGCAACGGUAUUUGGAAAUGUACCUCCUCUCCAGCCUGCACGACAUGCGAGCAGCAUGAGUCGAGACAGCAGCCACGCACCAGUUGAGCUGCCGGCUGAUAAUGAAGUCCCGCCUCCGCCGCUGCCAAAAGAUGGCCCUCCUCUACCCGGUGUGUCCCACAGAUAUGGAGCGUCGAUCGAUAGCAAAAGCAGCUAUCGGACCUCGGUCGCUAGCACACGAUACAGCGACCAUCGGAACUCCAAACGAUCGACCGCCAUGUCUAGCCGUCGGCCCUCGUUCGGCAGUGUAUCCCGGGAUCACCUCAAUUACAUCGAUGAAGAAGCUCCUCCGGUGCCCGCCCCGGCACCUCAAGGCCUGCUGCUUCCCGCACGUCUUUCAACCACAUCUGGAGCUGAGCUCGCAGAGAAGCCGGAAGGAAGAGGUGAAAUUUACAGCGGAUUCGAUUUUGGAGUUUCCGCCCGGCCAACAAGUGCCAAGGCCGAGAUCGAUCACGUUGGAGCUGCCUCGCUUCGAGUAUCGUCCUCUCAUACCAAUCGUAGCUCUGACAGGCUCAGUAGCAAUCGCGGAUCAGCAGAGCUGUUCUUUCAAAGCCCUACCCCGAGUCCCUAUGAGGCUCCUGUUGACUUCGAGCUUCGGGAUGAUUCAGCGGCCUCUCCUGCCGCUGCCGCUCCAGCCAGCGCGGAGUACAAGGCUUUCAAACCUGUAAAUUCGGAGCCUUCGCAGUCAACAGAUACUGAACCGACACGUUCUCUGGAGGAAAGCGACCGCCAGAGGAAAGAUUCCGACUCCACAAGCGAAAGCAACAUUUCGGUUUCCAACUUUGCGCGUGCGCUGGGACUUGAUGUCCCGGACCAUGUCGCAGAGAGCUCAAUCACCUCCUCGGAUUCAUCGUCAUCCCCGUCUGACACUCGCAGCGGCACCUCUCUCUCCAGCUUACCGUCAGAAGCAAGUCUGUCUCGACGACAACCGUCAGACCCUAGUCGCCUCGGCCCCGUGGUGGAAGGGCUCAAGGGUGAUCAGCACCCGAAGGAGCCUGUACUGGACGAAUCAGUCACGGAAAGUCCAAUUGAUCUCGAGCCUCCUCGUAUCACAGAGCACCUUUUCAGCCCGGAUUCGCCGACUGACCCGGCCAUCUCUCAAGGUAGCCUCUCGCUCGUCUCGGAGAAGCUGCCACGAAAACCAGACAAUCACCAGCCCGAGAGACCCACUAUGCUCCGCUCUGCGACCGCACCGGCCCCUCGCCCAUCCCCACGCCCGAAGGGGCCCUGUCGCGGUUGCGGUGAGAUGAUCUUGGGUAAAUCCGUAUCCUCGGCCGACGGCCGUCUCACCGGCCGAUAUCAUCGUGCCUGCUUUGUCUGUUUCCAGUGCAAGACGCCCUUCCAAACGGCCGAUUUCUAUGUCCUUGAAGACCGGCCUUUCUGCGCGCAGCAUUAUCACGAGCGCAAUGGUUCGCUCUGUGCCACAUGCCAUACAGGUAUUGAGGGGCAGUACCUUGAGACGGUUGAGCGUCGUGGCCGUGGGCCGGGCGACCGUCAGAAGUUCCAUCCAGACUGCCUCAAAUGUCGCACCUGUGGCAUUGCUCUCAACGGUGACUACUUCGAAUGGUACGGACAAGUUUACUGCGAGCGUGACGCCCGGCAAGCGGCGGCUGCCUCGAUGCCUCCCCCACGGCCCCCUCGCUCCCCUAGACCUAUGUCUCCGAUGGGACCCCCGUCUGGUCGCGGCUAUCCCCCCCCUCCAGGAUACGGUGGUCGCGGUCGGGGCCGACCACCUCCAGGCCCUCGCCCUGGCUCAGCCGCCAGCCAAGCUCCUCCUAUCCCGAUGCUCCGUCCUCCAGGUCCCGGGGACGGGCCAUACGGUGCCAUCGGGGCUCUCCCAAGCUCCCGACGCUUCCCCGAACGACGCACCACCAAACUGAUGAUGAUAUGAUUAUUAUAACUACAUACGUGAUGGACGUGAUCGCCAGCGACAACACUCAUAAUUUCUAAACUGGCCUCUCGCCUGGGGGGCCUUAUCCCACUUUAUAACGGUUUCUUCUCUUGUGUCCUUGCCGUUCUACUUGCUUCUUCCCCACGAUCCUAGACUCGCUUUGCCUUAUACCCUUUCCACCUAGCGGUUUCACUGUUAAUAGACUUUUGGCUUUUGAUUCUGAUGACACUAUAAAUUCCUGGCUGGGCUGGCGAGAUCUCUGUCUGGGAGACUAUCGUUUUAUCUCUACUGGCAUGUACCAUAUGAUGUCUACCUUGCAAUAUUGCUAGUGGUUAC